AUUUGUUUACGCAUGCCAACGACCCCAUCCCGUGUGGUUGUUGAUUCCUCUUGCGGGUUUGUUGGUUUGGUGAUCCCCCUCUCGGUUUGGAAAAAAAAAGCAUCAGUUUAAUUUCGCGACUAGGAUUAGUAUAUUGAGAUUCAAAUCAGGACCAGAUUGGCGUCCAUUUGGACAUGGGAUUCGAUGUCAAGUUGGCGAUGCAAUGCAAUUCCUGAUACCACGAGAUAUCACAAGUACUCGAGGGCAAGACUGCAAAACCAUAAAGCGCAAGUACUCCAAGGCCCACCAGGCCACCACGAGGGCCCAUUCCUACUGUUAGUUUUGUGAAUUCGGAGGCGCAGCGCCACCAACUUGCACCAUUUUGGCAACCCCGCAGGGACAAAAGAAAGGCGAAACGAGGCCACCAGCUCACCGCCGAGCGGAAGCGGCGCCGAGCAACCAACCCCUCUCCUCGUCCGCCGCCGUCUCCCCGGACCAUGGCCAUGGCCGCCGCCUCCUCCCGGCUGUUCUGGGCGUCCCGCGCCGCCGCCUACCUCAGGAUCUCCACCUUCCCCAGGGCCUUCGCCACCGUGCUGAAGGAUCUGAAGUAUGCUGACACUCAUGAAUGGGUGAAAGUUGAGGGUGAUUCAGCAACCGUGGGGAUUACUGACCAUGCCCAGGAUCAUUUGGGUGAUGUUGUUUUUGUGGAGCUACCAGAAGUUGGCAUCAGUGUAUCCCAGGGAAAGAACUUUGGUGCUGUUGAGAGUGUGAAGGCAACCAGCGAUAUCAAUUCACCAGUGUCUGGAGAGGUGGUUGAAGUGAACGAGAAACUAAGUGAGGAGCCUGGAUUGGUUAAUGCAAGUCCAUAUGAGAAGGGAUGGAUUAUCAAGGUCAAGCUCAGCAAUUCAGGUGACCUCAAUUCGCUCAUGGAUGAUGAUAAGUACUCGAAAUUCUGUGAAGAAGAAGACAACCAUUGAAGAAAUCAGAGUGUCUUCUAAACACCAGGACCUGUUUUUCAAGCUUUAUCACUGGUUAUGGUCUGGAGACCAGCUGUGACAAAUUGGCAAGGUUCAUCGCAAGGAAUAAAUGUUAGGAUUUGCCAAUCCUACAAGGGCAUGGGAAAUCCAAGUUUGUGUUGUCAAUGACGUGGUCAUAUUUGAUAUUUCUUUGUAGUUGUAAUCUCGUGAAUUCCUUCUUUUUUCUUAAAAAAAGUACUCUUUUUGAUUCCUUCCUAUGCAAAUUUCUUGGUGCUUUCGCGAA